AUGGCUGCUGAGUUUGAACUUUGUCCUGGAAGAAAAAUUGGAGGCUCCAACCCUUGUUUUAUCAUCGCUGAGAUUGGACAGAACCAUCAAGGGGACAUAGAAAUCGCCAAAAAAAUGAUCAGAAUGGCAAAGGACUGUGGAGCUGAUUGUGCCAAGUUUCAAAAGAGUGAGAUCGAACACAGAUUCACCAAACACGCUCUGGAGCGUCCCUACACGUCCCCUCACGCCUGGGGGCCGACCUACGGGGCUCACAAGCAUCAUCUGGAGUUCAGUCACCAGCAGUACAGAGAACUGCAGCAGUACGCCAAUGACAUCGGCAUCUUCUUUACAGCAUCAGGGAUGGAUGAGAUGGCAAUUGAAUUUCUUCAUGAAAUCAAUGUGCCGUUUUUCAAAGUUGCCUCAGCAGACACCAACAACAUCCCUUACCUGGAGAAAACAGCCAAAAAAGGUCGUCCCAUGGUGAUAUCUAGUGGAAUGCAGUCGAUGGAGACCAUGCACUGUGUUUACCAAACCGUUAAGAAGCACAAUCCCAAUUUCACUUUCUUGCAGUGCACCAGCGCUUAUCCACUGCCGAUAGAGCACGUCAACCUCAGUCUGAUCCCUGAGUUCCAGAAGGUGUUUCCGGACAUUCCCAUUGGAUACUCUGGACAUGAGACGGGCAUCCAUGUGUCUGUGGCUGCUGUGGCACUCGGGGCGAAGGUCCUGGAGCGUCAUGUGACCCUGGAUAAGACCUGGAAAGGCAGUGACCACGCAGCUUCACUGGAGCCGGCUGAGCUGGCGGAGCUGGUGAGAGCCAUCAGGACGGUUGAGAUGGCAAUGGGCUCGCCAAUCAAACAGAUGCUGCCCUGUGAGGCUUCCUGUCACAGCAAGUUGGGUAAGUCGGUAGUGGCCCGGAAACCCUUGCAGAAGGGCGAGAUAUUAACUCUCGACAUGAUGACAGUAAAAGUGGCCGAACCGCAGGGUGUGAGACCAGAGAACAUCUUCAAACUGGUCGGCAAGAAAAUCACAGAGAACCUGGAAAAAGAUGCCACCAUCACUGAUGCCAUGAUAGAUGGCUGAUGAUUGUACACUCCAUUGUAGACUCCCAAGGGGUCUUAAAAUAUUAAAUAUUAAUAACAGUAUAUAUAUGGCAGAUUUUAAAUCACUAUUCAAUAUUUUAGCGAGGGACUGAUUUUUAUUAUAUUUUUAUUAUUUGACAUCAGAAAUAUGUAAAGAUGUUGUCUUGUAUUGAUUUUACAUAGACUGUCUGUUAUGUGUUUGCUACUUCUUGAAACUUCACUCUCACUUUUCUUUUCUUUUCUUUUCUUUCACUUUCCGAAUUUAUGGUCAUUGUAAUUGUGAAAUAAGAAUGAAGACUUUAUAAAAUAAAAUCUCUCUCAGUUGAUUUCAACUUAACUUUGA